AAGAGCCCAUAGGUUGUGAUUGUAUGAAUGAAUAUCCCAUUAGCUCUGAAUGGUGAACGAAGAGCUUAUUAUAUCUGAAAAAAAUGGACGAAGAACCUAAGGGCUUUGAUGGUAGAAAUGAAGAGCUCAACUUAAAAGAGGAAAUGUGAAGGGGAAAGAGGGAAUUAAAGGGAGUCUUCUUAACUCUUUUCUCCUUUUCCUAUAUAUAGUAGAUAAAUGAACUCAUUUAGGGGACCUUCGAUUGAUUGUUAAUUGUUUGAUUGAUAAUUGAAGAAGAGAACCAUUGACUGACUUAAGAAUCAGAGUAUCUUUUUGCAGGUACUCCGCAUUCGGUUUUAAGUUUCAAUUCAAUGAAGACCCCAUUAUGUUUAUGGUUUAGCCAAUAGAAAGUGCAUUAAUCCAAGAGACGAUCACACAUGAACAGCGAAGACGAAGAACUUUCGAAUUGGAAAAAGUUAUACUUUGAGGAAGAUUUUGACCCGAACAAUUGGUGUCGUCUGUGGGUAAAUAGAAUGAAAAAGCUAUGAGUGCAAAAACAUUAUAGGAAUUUUAUUUACAUGGGUGACUUCUUUGAUCUUUUUUGCAGAAACAAGAUGAACAAAUGACAACUAACUUAAGUAAAUGUCGCGAUCUAAAGCAUAGCAAGAGGAAGCAACUAGUCAGUCUCCACAAAAUUAAUUAAUUAAAUGAAUUACAGAAAGUAAUGCAAUACAUAUAGCAAACAAAAGAAGAAGUAAGGUUUCAACAUUUUAUAGAACAACCCUAGUUUUAACACAAUAGCUAUCUUUCUCUCUUUUCUCGAAUUCCCUCUCUCUCCCCCGUUUCUCUAUUUUUCUCUCACGCCAGUCGUCUUCCCAAGCUCCAAUGACCACAUUCCAGACCUUCAAUUGUUACUUGCACCUAACUAGAAGAUUCAGAGGCCACCUAACUAUCGGCAACGCAGGCCACUAGACAGUCGCUCGAAGUUCCGACGUCUGUUCUGAGUUUAGCUUCAAUCCGGCCACCUCGAGCCUUCAUUGGUGAAGCGACCAUCACCAUCAUGUUCCUUACAUUGUAGGCUUUAAAACCUACUAAAGGAUCAGACUCAUUGGUCAUCGGAGUUUGAAGUCGACAUUUUCAGGAAUCCAUGGAGAUUUUCAAACUUUCAAGCAUAGAUCUGAACUUUUCCGAGCCGCUCCAAGUAAACCACCACGACAUUUCCCAUGGCUUGGGCUUCAAAAAACUAGCAGUUAGUUUCCUAAACCACCACCAUUGAGUGGUGGCGCCUCCGCCGUCGUCGGAGCUCUGCCGUGAGUCACGGUCGAUGACCACCUCAGGGGCUUCAAAGCCUCUUUUCGAGCUCCACAGAGCAAUGCUCAACUCGCGUUGAGUCUCAAACGUGAUGGAUUGAAGACUAUGGGAAAAAGCUUGGUUGAUAGCUCUUGUUGAGCAAUCUUAUAUAUCUAAGGACCUGAGGCAUGUGCGUGAGAGCAAGAAUCCUUUCAUGGUUCCAGUGUUGCUUGUUCAUAAGAAGGAUGGAUCAUGGAGGAUGUGUGUUGAUUGUCGAGUCAUCAAAAAAAUCUCUGUAAAUGCCCAAAGAAUAGAGGUGGAUGAAGAGAGGGUGAGUGCAAUUCAAGACAGGCCGAGACCUACAAGUAUAGUGCCUUUGACUGAGCAUGUUAACUUGGAUGGCGAAAAGAAAGUUGAUUUUGUUAAACAAAUUCAUGAGAAGGUUCGACAAAACAUUGAGAGGAGGACUGGACAAUAUGCAGCCCAAGCAAACAAGGGGCAAAAGAAAGUUGUAUUUGAACCUAGUGAUUGGGUUUUGGUGCAUAUGAGAAAGGAGCACUUUUCCUAUUCAAAGACGAUAUAAACUUCUUCCAAGGGGUAAAGAUUUGAGGACAAAUCAUUUUCAAGAGGGGGAGAAUGAUGAGAAUGAAGGAACAAUAAUGGAAGAGUCAUUGCAAGUUCCAAUUGGGCCAAUUACAAGAGCAUGAGCUAUAAGGUUAAAAGAAGCACUUAAUCGACUAAUCCACGUAAUAAAAGUUGAUUAUGAAAAGAUAAAGUCCAAGCUUAGUCAAAAUGGAGAUCAAUGCCUAUUCAAUGUUAUUAAGGCAAUUUAAAGUGGCUGGUAACUUCCAAAAACGUGACCAUUGAGUUUAUAAGGUUUAUGGGCAUAUAUUUAUCUUUUAUUUAAGACAUUUAGUUAUAUUAAAGUUAGACCUUUUGUAUUCAACCAUUUAGCUACUUUCUACAAAACUAAUAGUCUAGAUUUGAAAGGUUUUUGUCUAUAUUGAUGCAUGCAUCAAUUUAAUGCUUUAAAUGUGUCUUUUCUCAUUCUUGGAGGGAUGUUUCAAGUAUAAAUAAGGGAGAUACGAGAUUUCUAAGUAGAUUUUGGACUGAAUAUAUUUUGGAGAGUGUUUUCUC